AUGAAACCAGAGUACGAUUAUGCGGUAUUGACACUUCAGCUGCCACAUGGAAGGCCAUAUCUCCCAAUGAAAGCUUUCUCAAUAAAAACACUCAAAGUGUUAACAACGGGCACAAUGCACUUUGCUUGCUUUCCGAACGACAAACGAGCGAACUCGAUGUGGUAUUCGUCAUGCCCGGUCGGCUGGGCGCCAAGCUCGAGCUCCUACCGAAGUGUAAUCUUGAAUAAAUGUGACGCCACCAGAGGCUGCUCCGGAGCUGGUGUCUACGCUCUCCUUCGCAACCGACGAAAUCGAUACAUUAUCGGAAUCUUAUCGAGCGCCAUUAAUAACAAAGUAGCAAAUGUCGUAAUACGGUUGACUCCCCAAAAGGUUAGAGAAAUAUGCGGCUGGAUUGGAUGGAAUCGGAAAUCAGGUUGUAACAAUAACCUUGGUUAAGGAUGAAACGAACCAACUGAAGAAAAUUAUUGUUUCUACAAUACAUGUAAAAGCCGUGUAAUAAGGUUUAUGACACCUGCAGUUUUAAACAUUAUUUGUUGAGUAAACUGAAGAAUGUAUUUGUUUUUAUUAAACCAAGUUAAUAAAAUUUAAAUUUCAAUAGUUUUCCUGAGAUAUCCCUGUUUUUGAAAGCUAGCCCCGAAGUAUAAUCAAUGAGUUAAGUGUACUUGUAGAUAAUAACACGAACCAGCUGUUUACUUAUUUGGUAACGAUAAACUACAUCAACUUUUUUUUUACAUCCUUCUCAGUUUCUAUUUUACUAGAGGGUCAAACCGAAAGCCGGAAGAAUUAACGCUGUUGUAUUAUUUUUUAAAAGAGCUUUUCAAUUUAAACUAGUCCCAAGUUGUCUGGCAAAUCUAGAAAUCAAAUUCUAGAAUAAAAAUAUUUUACACCUGACGGUCUGUUUACUUGGAGGUGGGGGACCCCAGGUAGGUGAGGUAGCAUACGAUGGGUCACUCCACCUAUCAUGUGAACGUGAUCAAAUUAAAAUGAGAGAUUGUAUCAGGACAGGCAGUUUACCCCGCCUAAGCAUGGUUACCUCACUUACCUGGGGUCUACAACCUCCAUGUAAACAGGCCCUAAAUUGCUUUAAGGCGUUCAGAUUAACAUUCAUAUUCAUAACCCACGGACAUCUUGACCCUGCUUGAUAAACAGGGGCCGGAUGUUUCAAGUCUAACAGAAAACAGGAGCAAUUUUUUCUGGCAAAGGAGAUCGAUCCCGAUUAAAACGAAGAGAUGUUAUGAAGCCUACUCGUUCAACUUAUAUCCACUCUACUGAAUUAAAUGGCUUGCAAACGACGUUACAAACGUUAACACUUGGCAAGAAAUCCUAAACAUAAUUAUUCCAAGAUUUCUCCUUUCCAUUUUGGUGAGGAUCCAGAAAUUGUGGUUAGUAUAGAGGUCCAUUUGCGAGAAGCUUCCCAUGUAAUUUUUUUAUAAGAAAUUUUAAAGUACCGUGAACCCUCCUUUCAGCUCCCCCUAAAAAGGGCUCCCUUUCGUUCUUAAUAAGCCCCCCUCUUCAGGGGAAGAAAGUCAUUAAGCCAAACAUGUCUAGAAUGUGUUGAUUUAUCAGGACUGUUAAGACGUCAACUCAUUUGGACCCAUCCGGCCUGAAUUAUUCAUAUGCUGGAAAUUCGAACUUGAUUUUCAUCUUUAGCAUCAUGUCCAACUAGAGACACUCCUCCGAAAAGUAAUUUCCCCCGUGAAAGAAUUAACGGAAAUGUGGAAAUGUAACAAACCACACUAAACAGUUCGAGAUUUGGCGCUUAACGGUAUACAUACCCAGCUUCCACUUCUCCAGUCCAGUGACACAGAGAAAGAGAGAGGUACGAGCCUCUCAAAACAUGCCUAAUAUACCCAGUGCACCGCCUGUUCGGCCAGGCUACCAAGCUAUUCGCCAUCUUUGUUUUUCUGUUCCGCUUCAAAUUGUCACCAUGUCGCUGAAAGCUGUGGUCGGACAGCGUAAGUUUGGCCUUUUCUCUCAACCUUUUUCAGCUACUAAAAUGAUUCCAAAUACCUAAAUUUCUGUAUGUUGUGUAGGUAUCAUGCAAGACGUGAUACGCGCUUUGCAAAAGCCUGGCGAAUGGAAAGUAAGUCUUGUAUUUUCAAUAAAUUUGUUUACGUUGGCUUUUGAAUACAUUUCUGUCCUUUUUGUGUAUGAAGCAAACAAACCACAAUUGUGUGAUGAUUCUUCAGGUUCUUGUGGUGGAUCAGUUAAGUUCGAGGAUCAUAUCAUCAUGCUGCAAGAUGCACGACAUUGUGGAAGAAGGAAUUACAAGUAAGCGUUGUCCAGUGGUCCAAUAUCGAUCGGAAUUAUUCCAAAAUCGUUCAAUUAAGUAUUUCAAUUACUGAUUUCCAUAAGUUAGGGAGUUUUGCUCUGAUAGGUACAGAUAUUCAGUGACGAAUCUACAAUAAGAAAUAUUCUGCUUCACUAUUCGAUGAUGAAGAAAAAGCUUACUAGGCGAUUUAAUUUCGUUUUCCAACAUCAACGCCCCGCUUAUAAAUUACAGGGGCUGGGGGCGGGGGUGGAUAUCACUCUCCCCCUGUCAGGUGUGAAGUAGGAUGAAAUUGCUGCAUACAUACACAUAUAAUGUCAUUGUUCUGAAAUCUUACCCUCUUCAGUUUGCUAGACUAUGAGUAGUCUCUCUUUUUUUUUUUCAAAGUUACUCCAUGUGUAACCCAUGCACAUUAGCCACCAUUAAUUAAGGCGUAAGCCUGAAAGGAAAAAUAAAAUACUGCUGACUCUUUUGCUCUGUCUGGGGACAACAAAGUUGUCAAGUUAAUCUUAAAAACCAAUUAAAUGCAAGUAACUUGAGACGAUUUAUAAAUAGAACAUAAACAACUGAAAAAUUACACCUUUUGUAAAUCUGGUAAGAUUACCUUGACUUGCUUUCCGUUAAGGACAUUUACAGCAGUUUAUUUCUGUUCUUGUUAAGGAUGGUAUGUUACCAGUCAAAAAUAAAUUCAGGUCAAAAUUUUUUUUCCUAGGUUGAUUCUCAAUGUCCUUUUUACUCCUAAGCCUAAUAAUUAUUUAUGAAUAAUCUGGGCUAGGAGACAAAAGCAUCUGAGAAUUAACAUAGGUUGAAAAAUUUUAACCUGAAUUUAAUUUUGAUGCGUUACAUAGCUUUGUACAUUGUAUAUGCAUGUGCAUGUACAGUGUUUGCUCUGGUAUUUUGUGUGGAGGCCCCCGCAAAAUUCCCCUGUGUAGAGCAGUAUCGUUUUUCCCAUUGUAUUGGUAAUAUGCAAAAUCUUCUUGAUAUGAAGAGACUAGGCUCUCAAGGUGGUCCCGGUUAAUUUUUCAGCGUGUUCGCAAGGCAGUCUUGGGUAAUUCUGGUUCAGCAAGCGUGCUAAGUGCUAUUGGGAAAUUAUGGAAACAUAUCGUUGACCGGUCAGGUCGGCAUGAGAUUUCAUCUUCCAGAACCAUCUUCCCCUCUUAACUACACUUAUAUGAAAUUUCUCUUCAAAUUUCUACUCUUCUAAUCUUUUCUAAGUCUAAGUCCCUUCAAUUAUUUUUAGAAAAAAAAAGAAGGAUAUUGAAUGUUAGCGGAAUUUGAACAUGUGGUCCUAGAAAACAGAAUCCAUCCCCUAUAGCACUAACGCACAGUGGAUUUGAGUGCAAAUUAUAUUUUCAUUUUACAAUUUUAUAGUGACAAACCUAACAGUAAAUGAAAGCGAACCAUUUCGACUCAGUGCUUAGCCCUAAUCACUAUUGUCAAUGCUUAACCCUGAUCACUAUGUUCAGUGGUCAACCCUAAUCACUAUAACGUCUUUUUUUUUUAAGUUUUAAAGUGCCAUAACCUAAGAGCAUAGAAAUAAAGAGAUUACAUAUUGAAUGUUAGAAGACUUAUUUUAAAACAAAUAUCAUAUCUUUAGAAGGCAGGGGCACAUGUCAUGUAGUGAGAAGUAUUGCUAGUCUUAUAACUUAAUAUGACUUCAAGUGGUCAAAAAUAGGUAUCAUAGAUUAUUGAAGUUCUCUAACUCCAUUUUUUGUUUAUUGUGUAGUUGUGGAAGAUAUAACAAAAGUACGCCAGCCUUUACAAAACUUUGAAGCUAUUUACCUUCUUACACCAGAUGAAAUGGUAGGUCUGCAAACUAAGAUGGAUGAAUCCUGUAAUGGCAUUUGAUCAUAGGGUUUACUCAGGGAAGUAGCUACUUUGAAGUUGCGUGACUAAUUAAAAAGCCUGUGUAGCUUUCCCUUUGGUACAUGUACAUGCCUGGUUUAUUCCAAAAACUCUCGAGAGAAUUAACAAAUUGUUUGGUUAGUUGCUUGUUAAAACAUUUAACAAUAAAAAUCAAACUGACUAACAUUAUUUGACAUUUUGAUGCAGUUAUAACAUCAUUAAACUAACAUCAUUGUAACGUCACUGUCAGACAGUUUGCAUAUCAGACUCGAUUCCUAUCCGGCCACGGUUAAGAUUUUGUCAGACAUAGGGCAAUUAUUUUUUUAAGACAUUAUUCCAAUGGCCAACUGUUAUUUGCAUCUCUGGCUGGACCACAAAAGAUGUAAAACAAAUAUUUUUGUAGUAAUAAUAUUUGUUAUAAAUAAUUGUAUUUAAACAGUCAGUAAGAGCGUUGGUUGAAGAUUUCACUGAGGGUAAUCACAGAUACAAAGCUGCUCAUAUAUUUUUCACUGAAGGUACAGCUUCUUUUGAUUUUAUACAGUAGAGGGGUUUAAGCGUGGGUAAUAUAAGAUGGCACCCACAAGUGAUCUGGUCCCCCUUCUAAGAUUACAUUUAUCUCACUGGUGCAAUUAACAUCGCCAUCUCUUUGGCUUGAAAACAAAAUUUACAUUAGUUUUUGUUCACUUUUGUUCGGUUGUGUAAGAGAAAGGGUGUCAUAGUUUUAGUUUUACAAUCUGCUGUUUAGUCAAAUUUUAAUAGUAGACUUGUCUUGAUCUUUAUUCUUAUUCAAUAUUGAUUUUCAGAUAUAGUGUUGUUGUGUUCUAUGAAAUUUGAUGUGCAUGCAGUCAUUAACUGGGUUUUCUUUACUAUUAUAGUUUGCCCAGAUUCUCUGAUAAGUGAAAUGUCCAGGAUCGCUAAAUGUGAGUGCAUUCAAUGUCUUUUAAUUUUGCAACAUAGUCUACCAUCAGAGAGAACAUUUUGUGUUACUGUCAUCAAAUGGGGCAUAUUUAGGAGGAAAAAAAAACAGUCUGUUCCCUUUCACCCAUCAUUCCCUUCAAAGUUGAGAUGUUUGUUGUCUCCUAAAAGUAGCUUGAAUAGCAGUACAACAUUGUUUAGAGUUAAACCUGUAACAGCAGUCGUCUUUCCUUGCUCCUUGUCGCUCAGGGCAUUUUGCCUGGAGCAAUGUUUGCCCCCCAGCGACAGAAAUUACAUAGUGAUGACAUAAAUCAAUGUUUACAGCUGUGCAUAAGAAAUUUGGUAGCCAUGGGGUUCCAAAUGUUUAUGUUUCUCCUGAUCGAUUGUGGUAAAGUAUUGUGUUCUUCAGCGAACAAGCUCCAGCUAAACUCAAAUGUUUCUGCUUAAGAAGAAUAGUUAUAACCCAUAAAAAUUAACUGUUGAGUAGCAGAUUCAUUACGUUUGUGUUUGACCUUUUGAUGGUUUAUCUUUUGUCUGUCGUUCAUAAACAAUAAUAAAACAAUAUAACUCCUACGUCAACCAAUCAGAGCUCAUGACCAGAUUCCAGACAGAUUUUAAUUCAUCAGUAUGGUGUUUCUGUCGCUUAUGCAUAGACAUCCCUCCUGGUAAAAUGUCUCUAGCGGUGAAGAAUGAAGAGAGACAGAUGUUUUUGCAGGCUAUGCCUAGAGGGGGUAGGGUAGGGAAGGCUUAUUUUUCCUUUUUAAAGUAGAUACAUGUUGUGUCAGCAAAACUUUAGAAAGGCCCUUUAGCUCAUAGUAUCUCAACUAUUUUUGUGGCUACUUGUAGAUCAUGUCAACAAAUAUAAAUUUUAAAAGUGCAAUGUUACUAAAUUAUUGUAGUAAAAACUAGGCUCAAUUUCCAGUCAUAAUUUUGAGGGAGUGAGGUUUUACAUCUUCCUCCCAAUGAAUGGCAUAAAAAUAUUUGAUAUCUUAAUCAUAGAUGUGAAGACCCUGAAGGAGAUAAACAUUGCAUUUCUACCAUAUGAAUCUCAGGUAUGCUGUGUUAAACCAGUUACUGAGUUCAAUCAGAUACAUUACCAUGAAGAUUACUAGAUAAAUUGUACCAAACUAGUGGGUGUUUUGUGUUUUGCAUAAUUUCAAUUUCAAAAAAUUUGGAAUACUUUUUUGUGUUUUUGCUUUUAUUGUUAAUUAUGGGAUUGAUAAACCUGCAACUUAUAAAAAAUGACAGAUCAAAAUGCUUUACACAGGGUUCAUACAGACCAUUGAAAACCUGGAAAGUCAUAGAAUUAAGAAUUUCAUUUUCCAGGCUUGGAAAGUCAUGGAAUUUAAUUGUCAGUCCUUGAAAGUCAUAAAAAUGAAAGUUUUUUUGGUAGUUUGGUUACUGCAGAUGACAAAGCAAGGACAAUGUACAUGUAAGAUAGAAAGGAGUAAUUAAACAGUGCAAACGGCAUGCAUUUUGGUGGACACCAGAGUUUGUGCCUGUUGAACGGUUUAAGGUAAAAAAAUACCCCCAAGCAGGGGAAAUUUUGAAAAUUUUUGAAAGUGACAACUAAACCUUAGGUCGUGGAAAACUUGAAAAGGUCAUGGGAAAAGUCAUGGAAAGUCAUGUAGAUUACCAGUAUUCAAAAUCUUUAAUGAGGCUGCCUAAGUGUAGAUUUUUAUUGCAUAUUCAAUAUCCAUCUGUAUAUCAAACAGCACAGCAAGAUGACAGUUCCAGAUGAACUUUUAUUUUCUGAAUGUUUCAUACAGAAACAUGCUCCUUUUGACACAUAAUCCAAAGGGCCUUGCUCUGGAAAAGCUCAGUUCACGGCAGUAGUAUAUAGCGGUAGUAUGUAGUUGUACAUGUAAUAGCUACAAAAUUUUUACAGUGUGUUUAUGGUUUGUAGGUUUAUUCUCUGGACACUCCUAAAGCAUUUCAUAGUUUCUAUGGCCCAGAACCUUCAGAUCAAGCACAGCGCUUUCAGUAUUCUGAGGUAUUUAUUAAGUACUUGAUUACUGAAUGAGAUUUUAUUUAGAGUAGUUUAUGUUCACCCUAGUUUUAAAUGUGGCUAAAUGUCAUGAUUUAGGCAAAGUUAAACUUGAGCGAGUUGGCCAGCAGUCUUCUCCCACUCAACCCUUGGGGAAUUGGAGGGCUCCUUGUGUGCUCUUUUGUUAGUGUUAAGUUGUAUUGUAGCUUUGCUUGCUGAUCGUAGCGGAUCAAUGUUUGCGUUUUUGCGAAUCAUUGCGGAUUCUUGCUCCCUCUCCUCCCUCCCUGCUGGGUGGUUUUGUAAGACUGUAUUUUCUCAGGUAAGUAUUCUCUUAGGUAAGUAUCUCCACUGUAUUUCAUUCAGUGUUUUGGUGCCGCUUAGUGGUCACUCUUGGGGUGGUUCCCGCUUCCAGGGUUGCCGUGGGUACCUCCUCUCUGCUUAUUGCAUUUGGCCUCCUACUAACCUUUAAGGCGGCUGCUCCCAAGCUCAUCAUUAGCGAGGAAGUUAACUCAUAUAACCUGAGAUUCUCAGGUUAUGUGAGUUAAAACUGGGGUAAAAUAUAAUAUUUUCUUUCAAGUUUUGACUACUACCCUUGAUAAUGUACAUCAUUAAUAUUGUGAUCUGCGUAAUCAUUUUCUUGCGUAAUUUGAAAACUGCUGAUUGCUUUUAGAUACAUACAUUGUACCAUGUAAUUAGUAUUUUUUUGUUUUUGUUUUUAUUUUAUAUUGUACAUUGUACAGCUGUAUAUGCUGUAGUGGUUAUUUAUUACCUGUUGUGUGCUUUUGCAUGCUUUUAGAAGUAUUUUUUCUUUACUUCAGAGUGAUUCCAGGGGCAUUCAGCUUAAGACAUUAUCAAAUGUGAGUGCACUGGAAUCACAUGUAGAGGUAGGGAAAAAACAAGAGACAGUUUUGCAUUUUGUAAUUGCUUAUUAUAUGCUUACCAGUGCAAGUGAUCGUCUGUGCACUUGGCUGUAAGAUUAUAAGCCAAUGAUUCAAGCCUUUAUUUUAAAUAUUGCAUAUUGAAUUGAAUUGAUUAAGUCUACAUUUCCACAACAAACUUUGUUAUUGUUGUGAAGUCAAAAGUUAUCCCAAGUUCCCGUGGUCAUAGAUGGUUUUAGUAGCUGGAUAUGGAUAGCUUCUUUCAUGCCUCUCUUUCUUUAUCUUUGUUAACACUUAAAUUCAAUUUGCAAUUUUUCUUGAAAGGGUUAAAUCACUUGGAUUAUAAUAAUAAAUUUGAUGGUGAAGGUUCAGGUUCAGGCAGCCCCCCCCCCCCCUCCUGUUCCUUGUCUGAAACAGGUUUACUGAUCUAACACAAUCAAAGCAUGGAAGAAUCCUGUUUGCAUCACUAUUUUUUACAUGAAUUUGGGUCCUUUUAAUUAUUGCAGAAAAUAGCUGAACAGAUUGCCACAUUAUGUGCCACUCUGGGUGAAUAUCCUUCAGUCAGAUACAGAAAGUAAGUUGAAAUAUUAUUACACAAAGUAGGAGUCUUUUUUGAUUAGUGAAUGUCCUGAAUAUGGGUCAGAUUGAUUAAUGAACUUGGUAAGUGUUGUACACAAGUCGUGUUUCUGUAUAACUUGCAUCUUUUACCCUUUUCCCAUAUAAGCCAUAAACCUUUAAUUUGGAGUGGUGGAAGUAUAGUUCUUUCAGUGUUUAUUUGACUCUAAAUGUUUCUGUAUUUGCUAACAGGGAUGGUCUUCAUCUUUCUGAAUUAGCCAAUGCUGUGCAAUCAAAACUUCAUGCAUACAAAGCAGAUGACCCAGCAGGCAUGGGAGAGGUAUAAUAAAUACAGUUCUUGAUAGAAAUUGUAUGUAAUAUCAUAAAAGUGCCUUUGGAAGGGGUUGUGGGAGGGAGUGGUCAUUCUUGGAAUAGACUAAGCCAUUAUUAUGGGCUGUACUUAGAUCACUGCAAACUGUCGUCUCUUCUUCAAAGUUUUCAUUGUGGUUUGCAAGGACAAAUUAAAGAGAAUUUUUCCGGUGGAGUGGCAAACUAUCGUUAUUGUCAAACCAAUUCACCUUUCCUUUACACACACUGUACCACAGUCUGAGAGAAAGAAGACCACAAUUACUUUCAGACUGUUUUAUUUUAUUAUGACCAAUUACAGCAAAGAUCAAGACACCCAAGCAAGUCACAAAACCACAAAAAAUUGCUGUUGUUUUCCACACCUGAUUGGCUUCUUCUUGCACUAGGAUCCCAGAAUUAUAUAUCCCUGGUGUUCAGGGUUUUCUGAAUUUCACAGAAAAUUGGUUUGAAAUUUUUUAAAAUCAAAUAAAGAUUGCAACCUUAACAUUUUUGUUGUUAUUGUUUUCAAAUUCGUCUCUUUUGUCUUUCAGGGGCCCCAAAAGCAUCGGUCUCAGCUCAUUUUACUAGACAGGUACAUGUAACAGUGAUAAGUAUAAUGUUAUUUACAGUUUUUUUAGUGUUAUUUUCUUUUUCUACUUCUUUAUAGUUUAAAAUACGGCUACAAUAAUUUGAAAUGAUUUUUUAUUUAUGUUAAUUGUAGAGGAUUUGACACAGUCUCUCCUUUGCUUCAUGAACUCACCUUUCAGGUUUGUGAUUUUAAUUUCCACUCCAGCACGCAAAAAUUACGUACAAAAAUUAUGCAUAUCUUAAGAGCGUGUAAGGAACCCUUUCAGUUUCAUCAUCUCCAGAGCUACGUAUACAACCUAGGACAAAACUGUUGAGACUGUUUCAUCCAUUUUCUUACUUUGAUGCCAUACCACCAUUUCCUUUAAACAGAAAAGUUAAGCCCCCUCCCCAACCCCUAUUCAUUGUUGAUUUAGUGUAAAAACCAACGUGUAUAAUUCUUGUGUUACGUAUCCUAAACAACAUUGGAUCAGGUAGCCAUAGGAGGGAAGAUGGGCACUCAUUCGGUGACAGAUUCCAUUUUUGUCAGGAUGGCAGGAAAAAAUAGCUAUUUUUUGUCUUAACAAUUUUAUCCAAAACAAUCUUUAUUCUUAAGUAAGGGUUAGAGACUUACUUGAGUGUUUUACCAGCAAAUAAAUAAAUGGUCUGGCUGUAAAACAAACAAGAAUUUUCAAAUACAUACUGCAUGAGGUGUAGGAGCAUGAACAAUUUUCAGUUUAUUGUACGGCCAGUAAGUGCAUUUAUUUCCCAGAAGAAGUCUCUAACUCUUUUUCAGAAAGUAAAUUUAAUGUCCCACAAGUGAUGUCAAUAAUCAUGCUUUUGCUUAGUUAUGCUUUCAAAGAAAUGAUAGUACAAAUUAUCAGUAAUAUAUGAAGCCAAUUAUCUUCCAGAAUUUUGCGCUGAGCGUAAAGUUUGAAUUAUAUCAUUUAAUUUCUUUUAUAAGCAUCCUUAACAUUAGUUGAGGUGUGGUGGGUUACAGAGACAAUUUGUUAUUGGAUUCCUGUUAUAACAUUCUAUUAUUUAUUUAUUUCCUGAAUUGUGUUUUCCUUUCCAGGCAAUGACUUAUGAUCUUCUACACAUUGUUAAUGAUGUGUACAAGUAAGUUUCUUUGACCCUUAAAUGUUAUGCAGAGGUUCAGCUCAGUGAAUAACUGCAAACCAAUUGUGUCUUCCCUCACUCCAAAGACAAUUAAUUCAUUUUAAUUCCAUAACUAACCCACUUCUUACUCCAAUUUAUUCUCCCACACAGCCAUUUUUAGUGUUGUCAUGCAAUGCUCCUCCCCAGGAGCAUUGGGUGAUGAAAUAAAGAGAAGCUGUAGCCUGCGUGGCAGGCGCUUGGAAGUAGCGGGCGAAAGAGAGAACGGGCGCUUGCGAGGAGACACGCAAGGGGUUCUCGCGCGCCCGUUUUUUCUUGUGCCCACUACUUCCAAGCGCCUGCUACGCAGGCUAGAGAAGCUGGAAAGGAGACUAACUCCUACCCCAUCAGUAUUGAAUUACAUGCCUGGUAGAGAGAGGAGGCAAGAAAUAGUGCUUUGGGCCAGGGUCAGGCUUUGAGCCAUUGAAUUUAAAAUGUCUUAAGCGCUUAUCCCCAGCCCACUUUACUUUCACAACAAGUUAUGUAUAUAUGCCUUAUCUUUGUCUUGUAAGACAUGCUUGGUUAUACACUGUAAGGUGAACCCAAACUUUGCAGCAUGAUUUUUUCAGAUUGACAAACUGAAAAAAUGUCUGUAAUCACCAGGAAGCUUUUGCUUUAUGUUACCCGGCCUUUUACAAAUAUGAAUAUAUACUACAUGUCGUAAUAUUGUACAAGGCAUUACUGUACUGUACAAUCUACCCUUACCGAGAGUCCUCCUUCAUGUCGCAGUUCAGUUUUAUCCUCAGUUAAAAUUUGUAUUUUCUUUUGAUUAAUUACGGUAUCGUAUACGAACAUACCAUACCCAAAAACAAAGAAAAAUAAAAUUUAAAUUGUGAAUGAAAAUUAAUUGAACCUCAACAUAUACAGCAUAGUUUAUUUGUCUAAAUUCUACUGAGAUCUUAACAGUUCUUUGAUUGCAUUGUUCCAGGUACAUUUCAUCAUCUGGUGGUGAAGAAAAGGAAACCAUCCUCGAUGGUGAGAUAAGACAACUUUGUGAUUUUUCUGUUUCGCAAGAAAAAGAAGCUGUUUUUGAACCUACAGCAUACAUUGUAUUUCCUGAUGAUAAGCUUGCAUGCGGACUUCUCCCACUUUCCUGGUUCUAUCUUGGUUUUGCGAACGGGUGCAAUCACCAAAUGACACAAAACAGAAAGUUGAAAAGACACUGAACAAUGUCCGCACCACGAAACAAGAGCAAACUAACAAUAGUGUCCGUAGCACCAAGAAACAAUCACUUUCCUUUGUUUCACGUGGGAAUUGAAGGAAAUUAUUGUAUUAAUGUCAAGCUUAAUUUGGAAUUUUUCACAGAGAAUGAUGAAAUGUGGGUAAAGAAUCGCCAUGAACACAUAGCAGACGUUUUAAGGUAUCUCUAACAAUGUUUCUACAAUUGCCCAUGUACCUAACCUGAGAAAACAGCCGAGAAUUUGCAACGCCACCAACGGUUUCCACGCGAAAUGACGCCUGGGAAAAGAGUGCAGAAAUUCCGUGCUGUUGACGUCACUACGCUCACUAGUGCUUCUGAAUGGUUCAAAAUUGCUUGUGCUCGUUGCUAAGAAGUUAUUUCGUGGGUAACCCGUAAGUGGCGUCGCAAAAUGUCGGCUUUCUUCUCAGGCAACCAUAUACCAUUUUGUGGCAAAAUACAUGUGAUGUCAUUAUGUCUUCAGCAUGAAUCUACCGUUACACCUAACUUCCACCGAAUUAUUUAUGUUUCUACAUUUCAGGAAAGUAAAUUCAGAAAUAAAAGAGUUUGCUGCAGACAAGAAAAUUUCUACUUCCAAUAAGGUAAUUAUAAAGCCAAAGAAAACUGCUUUUAAAUGCGGUGGAACCUCCAGCCGUAACGGACGCCUCCCAGAAAUGGAUAUCUCCCGUGACUGACCAGCAAAUUGCAGUCCUGGAAUCAGGGGCACCCAACGAGAAUAUAGUUCAAAACCACUUAAACAUAGCAUUGUUAAACGUAUUUCAGUAUUUAAACGGUAGAUAUAGGCAUAUUUCUGUGCGCUAAAAAUGUUUCAUCUGUUCGGAUUUCCUAGCUGAAAGUCUAGUGAUCCGAAAGUUAUAGGGAUCAAAACUUACCUUUCCGAAAUUUCAGCCAGAAAAAAGGCUCCCGAAAAUUCUAGGUGACCUUUUUAGGGUAAAAAUCCGUUAAAAUGGGCGAUUAUACCUUUUUUUAGAUGUUCGAAAAUCCUAUAGGCGAGGCAGGCAAGCAAGAAACUUCACAACAAAUGUUCCGAAAAUUGUAGAUCUCAAAUCGUCUUUCGAACAGAUACUUUCCGAAACUCGACGUUGGGUGCCGCUGUGGAAAUUUCACCUCAAAACGUGCGCUAUUCCCCCACAUUUAUGCUGACACAUCCAGACAUAAGUAGGAUCCGCAAAGUCUUAAAUAACCCAACUAGGCCUCCAAAACCGAUUGCCAGAGUUAAAUUAAGGUAGAUUUCUACUGUCAUGUACUUUUUUUUACAUGCGGUCGCACGUUAAUUUCACGUUAAACCUCGCUUAACUCUACGUUUACGCGCGAUCUUUCCUUUAUUGCCCCUAUUUUAUUUUUAACGCACGCAAAAAUCACGCUACCGUGGAAAUCCACCCUUGGACUACCGAAAGAGACAAAAGAUCAAUUUUCGGUUGUUCUUUUUGCCGGACGCAAGGGACGUCAGCGUCCUCGUUGUUUAAAGCUGUUAUGUCACGCUAUUUCAGUGUUUUUUUUUCUGUUGUUUUGAAAUGCUGAAACUUUUUUCGCAUCCGUUGUAUUCCAAAAAUAAUGAACCAGUUUUGUUAUUUAAUACUAUAUUUAGGCAUUGAAGCUGUUUACUGUCGUCCGUUGUAACGGAUGGCAAGGAUGGACAUGGAUUGACACUUGAACAAGUUGGGCCAACGUUUUCAAGUUUUAAUGCUAUGCGUACUAAAAUCACCAAAACAAUUAUAAGGACUUAGAGCUAGGUGUUUGAAAAAUGCUUGAUAUCUUCUUCAUAACUCUACAGGGGGAGUUUGUGUAUGGGCAAAGCCGCUAGGUAAUGUCUUCCGUGCAGAAUUGACCUAAAACAGCAAUAUCUUCGUGGCAUAGCCCCUUGAAGCUGUCCAAUAGAGAGGUUAAGCAUCACGUUUACGGCAAACUCUAAUUUAAACCACGUGACCAAGUUUCCCCAUUACUUGUCGUUUACUGUUCGUUAUUUCUACACAUAAAUAAGUAGUUUCAAGCAACUUUUUUUCCCAUAAGAAUUGUUUUGAGUUGUUUUUAUCUGCUCAUUUUUUAUUGUGGGAAAUUCUCAACUUGAAUCUGACGUUCGCCGUACACGUGAAGCUUUAACUCUCUAAUGUCUAGAUGUAAGAGGUGGCCAAAUUUAAACUGGUUUAGAACGUGGCGUUUUGUUAAACUCCAUUUAACUCUCUGUUUUAAUAACUAGUCCUAAAUUUCGUGUUUAAACCUGUGUUAUUACUUGCUGAUGUAGACAACAAUGCGGGAUUUGCAAGUUAUCCUGAAGAAGAUGCCUCAAUAUCAAAAAGAAGUCAGCAAGGUAAUUGUCCUUGUUAGCAUAGCACUGAAAUUUAAAUCCUAGGCAAACAGGAACACAGUUCAAAGGAAGAUUUCAUUGAAAAAUAUACUUGUAUACUUGAGUUGAGUAGCCACUCAGGGAGAAACUAGUCUAUUAUAUCUAUCUGCAGUUUUUUUUUCUUUUUUGGGAGAAAAAAAAAGAUGUAACAACCGAAAGCCACUUGUCAAUCUUUUCAAAAACAUGGCCAUUGAAGGAAAUUGCAUUCAGUUUAACAGCACCACAAUCACGCACGCUCCCUAUAGCGUCCAUUGUUUUCAUGAUCUGUUCUUGGACUUGACCGGUGCUAGUUAGCUGUCCUGGGUGAAUAGAUCUAUGGCAUUAACCAUGAAAGAAAGACCAAUGUUAUUUUUUCUCUUGUCUUUCAGUUCAUCGUUCAACUGCAUCUCGCAGAAGACUGUAUGAAGCGGUAUAAUCAAACUGCUCUGAAGGAUCUAUGUGCUGUGGAGCAGGUAAGUGUCUCUCUUGAUAAUGUGUUAUAUCAAAAUUUCAUAAUGUGAAAGCAAGAUCAUCGCGCAACAUUUAUCAUUUAUGCAACUUAAAGGGGCAAUGUCACGCUAUUUAUUAUAUUUUUAAAAAGCUAAAACUUGUUUUCACGUAAAUUUCACUCUGAAAAAUGGUCUGGUUUUCUUUUUUAAGACUGUCUCCUGUCGUCUGUUGAAACGACGGUAAGGGUCAGCCUUUUCAAGUUUUAUUGAAACAGUUGUAUGCCUUCACACCAAAGAUUUACUGUGUUUAAUGCUCCCCGGUGAAAUUUUGUUCGUUUUCGUAACUGGGCACUAGCAUUUUGUGUAUGGGUAAAGCCACUAAAUAAUAACUGCCCUCAGUACAGAAUUGACAUUAAACAGCAGUACAAUAUCCUCGUGACAAAGCCCCUUUUAGAAGUUGGGAGAAAAAGCCUGCAAAAAAAUCUGGCGUGAAGGGAAUUCAGACCCAUGACCUAACACUGAAAAAGGCUAGUUGCUGCAACACCUAUGCCUGAAUGUACUUUUCUUCGUUGAUGACGGCAUCGCUAUCCUAGAGCUCUUGGGUUCAAAUCCCGUUUAAGCCUGAAUGUUUGUGCUUUCCUUUCUCACAUAGCUUCGAUGGCCUUUCACGAGGUAAAUCUUUUGACAAUGUAAUUUACGGUGACUCAGGGACUAAACACUUCCCAGAAUUCAAAACACGUCGCAGAAUUUAACUUAUAUGGGGUUUGGGGAAUGUUUUGCUCUUAUUAGCCACUGUAGUAGAAAGUUCAGGUUGAAACAGUUUAAACCUAUUGCCAAACGAUUGGUGAAAGGAUGGUGCCUUAAGAAAGAUUUAAAAGACACUCAACAAUACCCACCACUCCACACAAAAGCGAACUAACAAUGGUUUCCACAAUACCAAUUGAGAAACACCCGAUAAAAUUAAGAAACCGCGAGCUAACGCGGAAGGUAACUAACCCUUUGGUGGCAACCACCAGGCACUGCCCACUGAGAACCUCAGUUUAGAGUAUAGUAGAUACUUGUCAAGGCUCAUCCAGAGGGAGGGGAGGGCUGGGAGCAAAACCUGCUUAAACGACUGCAUGGGGUUAGGGUUAGGGUUAGGGUUAGGGUUAAGGGUUAGGGUUAGGCAACUUUUAUAACAAAAUGAUUGACCUCAGCAAGAGCACAGUAAAAUUACUGAGGCCCUGUAAAUGGCCAAAGACCACCCCACAUACGAUUAGUGUAAGAGACCGCCGACUAACAUUUUGUCGUGUUUAACCUCGCCUAAAUUACAUUAAGCCACAUUUUAAGGUGAUUCGUAAUUCUUCGUACUGGACUCGGCUACGCUACAUUUUACAGACAGCGUGUUCGUGUAUUUGCCGGAAAAGUCUAACCCUAAAUUCUUGUAGGAUCUUGCUACUGGUGUGGAUAAAGCUGGCGAGAGCAUGAAAGACCCCAUGAAGAGUAUUGUGCCACUACUGUUGAAUUCAGACGUUCAGUGAGUGCUACCGGUGUAUACUCCCUCUUGGUUCUUUUUACGUUAAGUGUUUCAUUAUAUAUAUCACAGAUGAACUGCUGGAUUCGAGACCACACUUAGAUGUCCUUUUGCGCAGAUUAUGGUUUUGCGAAUGUUAAAUCUACUAAAUUCUAAGUUCCAAGAUAUGAUUUCGCAAUUUUGGACAAUUUGUUUAACAGGAAAUUUACUUUUUCAUAAUGGCGACCUAUUGAUAUACUCUUUUAUAUGUAUGAUAAUUAGCCUUUCUGACCUCGUUAGCAUGUGCCAAAUACAAAAAAAACUCUUACUUUCAAACGAGGUCAGAAAGGUGUUAAUUGUCAUACAUAUAAGGAAUAUAUUCGUAGGCCGCCAUUAUGAAAAAGGUCCGUGUUCACACCCUACCGGAUAGCUUUUGCGUCGACAUGAAAACCCUACCGUAUAGGGCUAUUGUAUCGUCCUGACUAACUGCCCCUGGGUCUCCGAGGAUGAGGGCUCAGGGACGGAUCUAGGGAGAGGGUGCAGGGGGUGCGCACCCUCCCUGAGAUGACCUGCGGUUUUCUAAUACAACUGGUAUUCUGCCAAAAAAAAAAAAACUAUGAGGUUUAUUGGUGUUGAAGUAGAGCAAGAGACGAGUGCACCCCCUCCUAAAAAAAAUCCUGGAUCCGCCCCUGGGGCUUCUGUUCACACCCAAGAGUGUUGAUUUCCACGCGGUUUCUGUUACGGAGCAAAGCUGCUUCACGCCGAUCUCGAAAGUGGAGCGUCACAUAUCGGAUAGGUUGUGUGCCAUACUUUGGUGAAGUGUAAACACCUAUUCGGACCGUAGCGAAAGUGAAUAAGUAAGAAAGAAGACUGGAACCCACUAAGACAGAAGUAAAUAUUCAGGAGUGAGAACUGGGAUUUAGUUCACUAAACCCGACUCUCGGCCAACCCCGCCGUCACGAUGUUUGAUGUGUGUUGAAAAAAAAAAAGGUUCCGGUCCCGGAGUUUAUUUCUGGAAAGUUGCACUAAUUGUCCAGCCCGGUUAACAGGCACUCCACUUAAAUUAAAGAAACAAAUUUUCAAAUUUUGCAUAACAUGAUUAAAACUGUCAACGGGCAUGAAACAAAAUGGAGUUGUUUAUUUACAAGGAGUGGCCUCUUAUUUGAACUUAUUUCGACCGAGAAUAUUUGAUUGAGCGGGACUCGAACCCUGGACCGCCGGAUUGCGAGUCCGACGCGCUGACCACUCGGCCACGCUGCCUCCUCAGUGAACGACUUGUUCCGGUUCCGGGCCGCUGCUGUCCACACCAUACCGAUAUACUGUGAACAUAGCGGCUUUAAUCUGUCUUAAAUAAGUGACCUUUAUUAUGUCAACACUACCUGUCUGUAUUAUUACAUUACUAGUUUGAUUGGUAUUUUAUCUCCCUUGCAGCAUUUUAGACAAGAUAAGGAUAAUUCUCUUGUACAUUAUCUUCAAAAAUGGUAGGUUUGUAAUAAAAGACGCAUUAGUCACGUUCCUGGAAACGUUUGUUCUUAUUGUUUAUGUUUACAGUAAAAACCUUUUUACAAAGUAAUUAUCUUCACUGUAUAUUUACUGUAAAGAAGGUAUUAAAGUUAAAAUGUUUCCUGUUUCGUAGGUAUCAGUGAAGAAAAUCUGGCCAAGCUAUGCGAACAUGCACAGAUCCCUUCAGAUUAUCGGUUGGUCAAAAAGCUUUAUCUUUUGUUAACUUUUAGAUAAACGUGAAGGCAGUUUAUAAAAUGUUGCUAAAUAUGUAGGUAAAAAGUAUUCUUUUCUUUCCAGAGCUAUAAUAAAAAACAUGGCUUAUCUUGGAGUUCCCAUCCUACAGGAUGUGAGUAUUACGUUUUAUCAUUACUCAGGCAUCGUGCGUGGCAGUCGUUUUGUUUUGGUGUGUUUUUCGUUUGUGUUUCGUAAAGUAAGAGGACAAGCGAGAAAACGAUGGCGGGUGGGGGAGAGAAAGAAGGCUUUUCUCUCGCCCCUCCCCACCCCCACCCCCUAUCGUUUUCUCUCAGUUUGACGUCGGUUCAGAGUUCGCGUGGCUGGUACCCGUACUUAUCGAAACACAAACGAAAAACACUCGCCCCAAAAAGCCUUCUUCGCAGGCUAUAACUUAGAGUAAUCUUCAGUUCCUGUGCAGGCCUCAUCCUUUGCUAAGCGCGUCCUAAAUCAAGGGUUCAACCCUAGACGGUACGGAAUACUGAAAGUCAAAUAAUUCUCUGCAAGAGGUUUUGUUUGAAAUUAAUGACCAGAGCAAAGGAUUGCGAUCACCAACUCAAAACUUAUACGUCUUAAGGCUGGUUUUCUUGCUUAUACUACUACAUGAGAAAUUCCCACAAUUUGAUUGGCUUAGAGCAGUGGUAUUUCAGCUUAAUUUGAAAUACCUACAUGUAAAAAUUACAAAACCUUUGCGGGUAGUAGUAUAAACAAAUAAUAGCAUGAUUUGUACGUAAUAUUUGGCAUAAAUACCACUCGUGAUAUUUCAAAAUUGUCUCCAAUUUUUUACGUUUAACAAUUUCGAAAUAUCACUCGUGGUAUUUAUGCCAAAUAUCACUACAAAUCAUGCUAUUACCUAUACUAAUAAUCGAGAAGUAAAAAUUUCAAGAAAGAAUUCCGAAAUUUGCAUAACCUUUAUUUCUCCUCGGCAGCCGUCCCACGAGAAAUUGAAAACAAUGCUAAUGCAAACAUUUGGGGGGCAAACAAGGUGCAUUUUGGGAGAUAUGCAAGUAGUGAAUCUUUACUUUUAACUAGUACUAUGCCAAAAUUCUGCCAAAGACGUUUCAUUUGAAUUGGAUAGGUCCGUCCACCGGUGUAAAAGUUAGAAUGUCAAAUUGUCUUGCCACAUCUUGGUGUAAUAGCGAAAGGAUCAGUUUGGUCCUCAAGCUGACCACUGUUUCACUGUUUUUGAAAUGUUUUACAGGACCGUAUUUCUUCAAUUAAACGUCUCCAGGGUUAGUUUGAUUUAAACUUGACUUGCUGGACCAGGCAAAUUUUUCUUUUUAUAAUGGAGGGAUUUUGCUCCCUUUUAUUAGUAUUCGUGUAUUUUCCCUUUAAACCUGGCCCCAUUUGCUCAAACGUUGGAGAGCGCUAUCCAACGGAUACCGCAAUUGUUUCCCGUAAUACGUAUCCGGUGGAUAGCGCUAUCCAGCUUUUUAACAACCUGAGCCUGAUGUUUAGACCUGCAAAUGAAUGUCUGACGGGCUUCUUUUCAGCUUUCUCGUUUAUACCCGACGUUAGUUAUCAUCACGGUAUACUCGAUAGGUCUUGUCCGCCUACUUCUCAGAAUUUUAAUAGUUGUUUUAUGGUCUCUUCCGGUAAGUCUGGUCCUGGAAAGGGAACGAAGCCGACCAGGAAGGAACGUACUUCACUGUACGAGCUGUCUAGAUGGGUGCCAGUGGUGAAGGACAUAAUGGAGGUUUGUGCAGCUACAAUCUCACAACAAUAGUUUGAACUCUUGGUUGGUUUUCCCCCUCUGCACCUCCUAACAGGGUUAAAUAUUGUUUGAGCUUUGUGGAAGCUAGCCUACGAACUUGCUCACUUGUGCGACUUGGGGGAAAGUUAUUUUGACGGCUCAUUCUCCUCGAGCCGCCGCCAAAAAGUUUCCCCGAACUCGCACAAGUGAACCUGCUGGCAGGCUAUACGGAAGCACGCCGUUAAAAAACGUUGUGAGAGGGCGAGGAAUUUACAUUAAAAAAGGGAUUAUAAGUAGGGCUCUGAAUUAUCGACUGGACAUUUGUGCGAGGGAAAUUAUGCGAGCUGGGAUGGAUGAUUGCUUUCUACACUCUUUGUAGUUUUGUUAAACUUACCGCGCAAGUUCUGGCGCCUCAGCUCUCAAUAUGGAGGAUGUACUAGCAGUGUAAGCAAAGAAAAUGAAUAGAGAAAAUAAUAAAACAAAAUGCCACGUAACCAUAUUGAUACGAUUUAACAGAACCCCGCGAAAGGAUAUCUAAGCAGGUGCACCAAUUGAAGUUUUCUGGUGAAAGUCAUCCUACUCAAUGCUCUCUGGAAAUAAGGCUGCAUCCAUACUUUGGUCGCCUAUGAUUACGAGAUAAGAUCGUAAACAGUUUUGUUACACUAAGUUGAUCCUUUAUCCCUAAAUCGUGACUGAACUCCUAUUUUUUUCAAUUUUUAUAAAUACAAGAAUGUUUGUGGUUUAUUAGAAGAAAGCUCUCCACGUUUUGCCCUACGUAGACUAAAUUAGUUGAUUUAUUUAUCUUAGGAAGCCGUCGAUGAAAAGCUGAGCAGCAGUCUUUACCCGUUUGCAUCCGAUCAGCGAUCUGGAAGCAAUGCAUUGAGCAGCAAAGGUACGGGACAGGACUCUAUUUAACUCUGAAAGGUUAACAUUUGAGGACUGAUUUUCAUUUCUCUCGCUAACGUAGACGAUGUGGACGCUAAAAGUGUGGAUCGAAGCGCGAGUAACCGCACAAUAGGGACCUUAAGCAACAGCGUUUUUGAGCGACUGACGUCAACCGGAAGUGGACUUUUUGCAUCAUUAGGCAGUGGUUUGGUUCAAACUCUCGGGUAAAUCGUCUUUAUAAGAGAAAAGAAACUUAGAAAUACAAAUUUUGUUAACUUCAAGGCAUGUUAAAAGGGAGAAGGUCUUACUUCCGGUUGACGUGCGUUGCUCAAAAACGUCUUUGCUUAAGCUCCCUAAUACCUAUUAUACAUAUAUUUCAACCGAAGUUUGUGAAAUAUUAUUGACUUCCUCGUUUUGUUUUUCUUUCCUCUAUUGACCAGGGCAAGCUGUUAGGUAAGUUUUAUCACCCUAAGUUUUCAGGCCUUGUGAAACUUGAUUUGUGCUUUUGCCUGUGUUGUUGUUUGUUUGUUUCCUUUAUUAAAACUUUUCAUUUCAACAGCGCACGUUAUGGCCAUUGGCACAAGGAGAAGGUAGGUAUUUCUUUUUCAUUUUUAAAAUUUUUUAGCACCAGGUUAAUGUUUUUAAUUGCGACAGUUGCAGUAUUGAAAACGGCAUUUACCAAAUUUUGUUGCAUUUGUCCUGGUGAAGUAUACAGAAGCUUGGUUUGUGGAGAACGUGAUGACCAGACUUUUCAUUUUCCUGAUAUUCUACGCAUUGAAGCCUGUACCUACAAAUCUAUUCCAAAUCUAUUCUAUUCCACGUACAGUAAAUUAAACAAACAUACGUAGUUUCAAAGAGGGAAGAAUUCAAUUUUUUUUCAGCGAUUUUGUCCUGGCAUUAAAGAUUUUUAAGGGGUCGACUAUUUGACUUUUGGUUUGGGUAAGAAUGUUUUUUUUCCAAACCUCUAGAGAUAGCUAGAGAUAUAAUUGUUUCCCCGACAUAUAACGGUGCAAGAGUUUUUUUCAGUGCAGGAUAUUCCCCACCCCCCGCCCCAAAUUUUUCCUUGUUAGAUUUUCGCCUCAAAAUCAGUCUGCAGGAUAUUUUUUUUCUGAAAUCACCCGUACCCUCCCUCCCUCCUUCCCCAUCUUGCCUUGUACCAUAAUAAAAUCCAUAAAUCUUUCUAGUCCCUGGCGACCGGUGCUGUUAACGUGACAUUACCUCGUUUUGAUCCCUGUUUAGGGCUCCACGGAAGCUCGAGCAGGUCCCCGGCUUAUUAUCUUUAUUGUUGGGGGAGUUUGCUACUCUGAAACAAGAACAGCUUACGAGGUAAAGUAUCGGUAAAGUAGCACAAAGGGUUAUCGCGUUAAAUGAUUGAAGCGUGGACGCGCAAAGAGGCGGGAACCAUAAACACAAAAAACUGGCGGGAAAAAUGGCGGGACACCUAUGCACUGCCAUGAACGCACAAACAUACACGGCUUUUGAUUGGACGAACGAUAUUUCUCACUCAUGAGGAACAUCGUACGCGGACUUAAAUUGGCCACAACUUAUUUCCCUAAGAAAAUUUACAUGACUCUUUAGUGAGAAUGUCACAGUAUAUGAUAGGGAUCUUUAGCUGGAACUAUGAGUAUGAAAUCAAUUACCCUUCCACGUACGAGGUUUCAAACCACAUUUUUUUGGCCCGUAUAAUUUCUUAUCACUCCAAUCUUAUUUGCUGAUCAGUAGCAGGAAAAAUUAAUGUACAGAUCGCUCAAAAUUCGAUUUCAUAUUCGUAGUUAAUUUUUAAGGUCACUAUUAUUUUUGAACUAUUAUUUGACCAUACACAGUUCACUUUGACUCUUCUUUUGACUUCCGUAUUGCCAAAAACCAGUCACUGUCAUCAACAGUUCUACGCUUACUGGGACGAUCAUUCGCACCCUCUCAUGUUUCAUUCACUUUCAAAGUUGACAGAGUGUAGAAACAUUGAUGUGUCAUGUUUUUUUUUAUUUAUUGUUAUCAUUAGGUAACUGCUGCCAAAAAAGACUGGGAAGUGCUGAUUGGUAAGUUUUUGCUUCAUGAAAGUAACUGUCAAUAUCCUCUGAACCUUCACGUGUUGUAUUAUGAAAAAAACCCGACCGAACGUUUUUACCUUUUAAAAUCUAGGUGAAAACUGUUAGUUUAGUUUCAGUUUCAGUUUCAGUUUUAGUUUAUUUAUAUGCCAGACAAAAAAAAUCAUAUACAUACGUACAGACAUUCAAUAUGGUACAAAAAUGUUAGUUAAAGAUUAAAGAGACGUAAAUUGUUAGUGAAAGAAUUAAAAGUUUUUUUUUUCUGGUGAGGAAGCUCACAUUGAAACGUUGGGGCUUAUUAUAUGACAUCCCUCUCUAACUUACGACCAAAUAUAAUGAAUAAAUAAUACCGGCGAAAUCAUACUGAAAUAUAAUUAAGAUAAAAAGUAAGCAAAACAAAACAGACAAAACGCAGCAAAAAACAAGUAUUAUUUACAAAUGAUGAAUCAGCUAAGAAGAAAUAUUUUCAAUCUGGAUUUAAAAAGAGAGAUACUAGCGACACUUUUUAUAUUGUUAUUUUGUGAAUUGAAAAAUUUAGGACCCUGAAAUCUUAUACCAAAAAGUCAUAUUUGUUCGUGUAGGAAAUUAGUAGAAAGUAUUUGAAUUUCCGGUAAUAUAGGAAUGAACUUGAUUUGUUAUUAAAAACAUUCCUUUGAGUACAUUAGGAAGCAGGCCUUCAUCUAGCUUCAUACCGUAAAAUUCCGAAAUUAAGCCCCGGGGCUUAUAUUUUUCAAAGGCCCUUUUUGAGGGGCUUAUUUUUGGAGGGGCUUAUCUACGGAGGGAAAUUUGCGUUUCAAAAUCGAUUGUGCUAGCCUUAUACUUGGAAGUAAAUUUACCGUUUUUGCUUUGUUUUACUUUGUAUUUGAGGAUAAUUUUCCAAGUACAAGCUCCCGGGGGCUUAUAUUUGGAGGGGCGAUUUAACAGAGGGUUUCUUGCGUUACAGGAUUGGGGGGCAUAUAUUUGGAGGGGCUUAUUUUCGGAAUUUUACGGUAUUUAUUUGCCUAUUGCAGGUUCUACGAGUAUCAUUACUCCUAACUUGUUCUUGGCUUCAUUAAGAGAGCUUGCAGGUUGAUCCAAGGUGCUGGUCGGUAAGCUGAGAGAUUGAUGACUUCAUUCGUUUAUCAAUAGACCAUUUCCGAGUUACCCCAAGUCUCUGCUUCAAAGCGAGGCUUAGUGCGAAGCUAUUCAUAUGAAAAUGAUUUUUAAUUCUCAGGCAAAUAUAGCUUUUCACAAGAAAGGUUUUGCACUUAGCCUCGUUUUGAAGGUGAGAAUAAUAGGAGUUCAGUAGUGGCCUAUUAUUCAUAACUGCUAUUCAUUCAAAAUAUUACUCCGUUUCUGAUUGGCUUAAAUCUCCCGGCUAAUUCCUCUCAACCAUCUUGUGUUGACCAUAUUUGGAGUACACUUGUGAUAUCCGAUAAAAAGGCACGGCAACCGAGAAGCCCUGGGGCUCAGGUCCCAACGAGAUGAAGGGCGGGGCGGGGGGGGGGGGCAGUAAUUAUACAGAAAGCGGGAAGGUCGAUAGGCGCGAAUUAAAAUAUCCAAGUGAGCGAAUGGACUGGAGAAAACGUUUUGCUUGUUAAAUGCGUAAUGGGGACUCACCAAGCAACAUUAUGUGUAAAGUUAUUAAUUUUAGGAUCAUAUUAAUCGUAAUUAAUUUACAAUAUGUUGAAGGAAAAUCAUUUGCUUGAAAAUUAUCUUGCAGGUACAAGAGGAUGAUAAAUAACGCAGAAGCAAUAAUUGUAUAAAAUCAAGAACAAAGUUGAGGAGGUGGCUGGUUGUUAAACUGUGCUCAGUCAAAUAAUAUUAAGAAUGCUAAAAAAGGUUACUCAACAACGAUGGGGCCCAAGAAAUGAUCUCAGGGGUAUAAAAAACUCUGCAGUGAUUUGGGCGUUAUAUGUUGUCCCGCUGUUAAGAGUUUUACCUACCUAUUUUGAUGCCAAAGAUGAAUUUUUUUUUUUUCAUUUUUUGAAUCAAGCCAGGCUAGGGGCCUCAUUCCUAGUCCAACUGAAAGGUAUUUUCAGAAUUGGACUGCGUUGUUCGAAGAAGCCUUGCUAAG